ACCUUUCGAACAUCCAUCUUUUAAUAAAUAUUAAUAUAACCUAAUUAAAUCUUCGAUAAAAAAGAUUUAAAUUCAAUUUUUUUUUAAAGUUUUUUAUAGUAUAAUAAUAAUAUUCAAUUCAUUCAGUUUCGUUCAUUCAAUUCAUUUUAAAAACUUUAUUCUAUGAAAAUGAAUGAAAAAAAAUUGAUUGAUGAAAUUAUUGAAUUACGUGAAUUGUUACGCAUAAAAGAAGCUCAAUUAGCUGCUCUAAGGCGCGAAAGACAAAUUUUACAAGAUUAUGGCUUAAGUAAUGAAGAAAUAUUAAGAUAUAGUAGACAAAUUUUUUUGCCAGAAAUUGGCAUUAAAGGUCAAAUAAAAUUAAAAAAUAGUGCAAUAUUAAUCGUAGGAGCAGGUGGACUUGGAUGUCCUGCUGCAUUAUAUUUAGCAUCUGCUGGUGUUGGACAUAUUGGUAUUAUUGACUAUGAUGAUAUCGAGAUUAAUAAUCUUCAUAGACAAUUAUUAUAUACAGAAUCAAAUAUUGGAAUAUCAAAAGUAAAUGCUGCUGUAGAAACUCUUAAUCGUUUGAAUAGUACUAUUAAAGUUAUUCCGUACAAAAUUCAACUAGAUAGUAAUAAUGCUUUGGAUAUAAUAAAGUGUUAUGAUGUAAUAUUAGAUGCUACUGAUAAUGUAGCCACACGUUAUUUAUUGAAUGAUGCAUGUGUUCUAAAUAAUAAACCUCUGGUAUCUGGAUCAGCAUUAAAAUUUGAAGGUCAUUUAUCUGUUUUUAAUUAUAAUGGACCUUGCUAUAGAUGCAUAUUUCCUAAACCUCCUCCUCCAGAAACAGUAACAAAUUGUGGGGAUGGAGGUGUUUUUGGUCCAGCCGUUGGCACAAUUGGUAUCCUACAAGCAUUAGAAGCUCUUAAGAUUGUACUCGAUCUUCCGUGUAUACUAUCUGGUCAACUUCUAUUAUUUGAUGGACUAGAAACGAAGUUUCGCAAUAUCAGUUUACGUGCUAAAAAUGUAAACUGUGUCGUUUGCGGUGAUCAUCCAACUAUACACAAAUUAAUUGAUUAUGAACAAUUUUGUGGUGCAAAAGCAAAUGAUAAAAAUCCAAACUUAAAUUUAUUAAAAAAGGAAGAAAGAAUAAGUGUAGAAGAAUAUAACACAAUGAAAUUAGACGCGAAACCUCAUAUUUUAAUCGAUGUACGUUCAGCGGAAGAAUUUGAAAUUUGUCAUUUAAAGAAUUCUAUAAAUAUACCAUUGAAUGAUAUUAAUAAUGAUGAAAAAAUAAAUUUUAUAAAAAAUAAAAUACAAGAAAUGCAAAAAAAAUAUGAUAAAACUACUUUAUACAUUAUAUGUAGAAGAGGAAAUGAUUCACAAAAAGCUGUAAUAAAUCUUCAGACUGUGUUUAAAGAAAGUAAUUUAGAAAUAAAAGAUAUUAUUGGUGGCAUUGUAAAAUUGUAA